AUGGAAUUCAGUUUCAGCGAAGCUGUUAUUAAGGCAAUGAAAGAGUAUACCAUUCGAAGAAGUGUAGACUAUAAGGUGUAUGAGUCAGAGCAGUUGACAUUUUAUGCCAAGUGUACACAGUAUGAGUCAGGGUGUGAUUGGCUUGUCAGGGUUACCAUGAUCAGCAGGAAGCACUGUUGGGUUAUAAGGAGGUAUAAUGGUAGUCAUACCUGUAUUAGAGCCAACAUUUCUCAGGAUCAUUCUAAGCUGGAUUCGAUCACAAUUGCAGAAGUCAUCAAGCCGUUGGUCGAAGCUGAUCCCUCGUUAAAGGUAAAAUCAGUUAUUGUAGAAGUGCAAUCGAAGUUCAACUACACCGUCAGUUAUCGGAAAGCAUGGUUGGCUAAGCAAAAGGCAGUAGAAAAAAUAUAUGAAGGUUGGGAAGCAUCGUACGAAGCAUUGCCUAUAUGGUUUGAGGCCAUGUAUCAUAAGGAGCCAUCAACUAUCGUCCAUUUUGAGACUAUGCCUGCAUAUCAAAGUGAUGACUUGGUGACUGAUAUUCGGGUAUUGCAUCGAGUAUUUUGGAGUUAUUACCCCUACAUUAGAGCAUUCAGACAUUGUAAGCCAAUUGUCCAGGUGGAUGCGACUCACUUGUACGGAAAGUAUAAGGGUUGUCUUUUAGUGGCAGUUUCACAGGAUGACAACAACAAUAUCGUCCCAAUUGCAUUUGCUAUUGUGGAGGGAGAGACUUCUGAUGCGUGUCACUUUUUCCUCAGUAACCUGCGACAACAUGUUGUCACUCGGGAUGGUGUGUGGCUGAUAUCCGACCGACACGAAUCCAUCAAUGCAGCUGUGGCACGCAGUAACAGAGCUUGGUCACCUCUCAGAGCUUUCCACAUGUUUUGCAUCAGGCAUAUAGAGUCAAAUUUUCUGAGAAAAUUCAAGGCACUGUACCUACAAAAACUGGUCGUCAAUAUAGGUUAUUCGUGGAUGGUGCGUGAGUACGAAGUGUGUUACCAGUGUUUACGAGAACGGGGCGAGGCUUACACUAACUGGUUAGAUCGAAUUUCCCACGAACAAUAUGCGUUGGCAUUUGAUGGUAGCUACCGAUGGAGUCACAUGACGACGAACCUAGUGGAAUGCAUCAACUCAGUGUUGCGGGGUGCACGCAAUCUCCCCAUCACUGCUCUUGUCAAGCAACAUCUACAGGCUUAA